ACGGUAACUUCGUGGGAAAGUUUGAACCAGUCAAAUUUUUUUUUCAGCGAAAUAUUCUAUUAGAUUGGUAAAUUCAUCAAGACUAAUACAUAGAGUAUGUUUUAUUCUAAGGCAGGGAGAGGUGGAGAUAGCAGCAGCAGCAGCACACAAAGAUCCUUCCAUACUGCAAACAGUAGCUUAGAAUCUGAAGAUGAGAUCAGAACCAUCAUUGCCUCUUCGUCAGACACAUCAGAGAUACCAUCACUAGUACUAGGUCAAAGGUCAUACUCAUCUGGAUGGCUGCAGUCAUCAAGUACAGGCAAAGAAGAUUAUGAAAGUCAUUAUUCAACAGCAAAGUCUUCAUUUGAUUCCAGUUAUAGAUCAGAUACAUUCUACACCGCUACAACUCAUAGUGAAAGAAAUUAUAGCUCCUCUUUGUACAGCAGUGAAUUUGAAUCAGAUGGAUCAUUGGCCACAGAUAACAUUGUGAACCAUGACUUUAAGAAUGAGAAGGAAGCUGAGAGAUGUUUCUUGAAAGCCAAGCUUAAACUACUGAAAAGAGAGAAAGAAGAGGUCAACGUCGAACAAGAAAGGGCUGAAGAAUUAGCACCAGAGCAAAACAAGUUUGUCAAAAUGCAGAUUUUGAAUCUACUACACAAACAAAAGAAAGCUUUAGAGCCUUCAAGAAACUCGGACAAGAUGAAAGAGAAGAAAAGAUCAAAGCAAAAGAGACUUGUUUCUCCUCCAUUGAUGCUAAAUGGAAAGGUUGAGGAACUGAAGAUUCAAAAUUUGUUACAUAAAAUGAAAAGGGCAUCUGAAGCCCCAGUCCAUGAUGUUGAUCAAUGUGAGAACUGCAGGAAAGCAAAAGAGUUGGUUGUUGAAAGAGAAUUCGUAAAGACAAAACACAGACAUGUCUACAACCAACUAACAGAAGAGAGAUAUAGGCAACAUAUCAUUAACCAUGAUCCGCUCAGUGAGAUUGGUAAUUUAGCAUCUGCAUUGCCGAAACUCAGCAGUGAUCCACAGAAGGUUUGGGAACAGCUCAUCAACAACGGUAUUACAUAAAACCAUCAUAGUUGAAAACCCCAAAAUACCUCCUUAACAAAUUGUUUAUGUUUACUGCAAAAUAGUCUAAAAUGCAGUUAUUUUUUUUGUAUGUUUAGGGACCCGUUGCAUAAACUUUUGCCAUAAAAAUCUGAAUAUAACUUUCAACGGCAUAAUUUGUUUACCAGAGUUUUUUAUGGCAAAAGUUUUAAGCAACGGAUUCCAGUAGUCUAAAAUACAGUAAUGUUUAUUUCUAUUAAGUUUGUUGGCAGUCACAUAUUUCCCAGCAAAUAAUUAUGUGAAGAGAUGCAUAAUGAUUAGGGCUAUUAACUGUAUGAGGAAAAUAUCUUCAGUAGAUAAUUUUGGCUCCAUGAUAUAUCACUUAUUAUUACCUACAAGGCAUUUUGGGAGAUAAAUAAAAUCAUAUUUCGCUCGCUACUUCCAAUCCGAGACCAACGAGUUAAACAUUUGCCAUUGCCCUCCCUGGAACCAAUGCGUUGUAGAUUUCUUCACAUUAAGUGUAUGUGCACACCGUGCGUGAUGCUCGACUGCAAGGUAACAAUUUACAUCACAAUUGCUUAUUAAGGGUUACUUGGCUAAGUUUGUGAAUUACCUGAAUUCAGAGGUAGUGAUUAGCAAACAGGCCUAUAAAUCGAUAGCUUGAAUUACACAUUAUACAGCCAUAGGUAAUAAUAAUAAUAUUGACUGGCUCUUUUGGGAAACAUAAAUAUAAUGCCCUUUACCAUAUUGCCCUCGUCUAAAGACUCGGGCCAUUAUGAUUCUGUUGUGGGUGACAUAUUUGAUGUUCCCCUCAAGGCCAGUUAAUAUUAUGUAAUUGUCCUAGUCAAUCUGCAAGGCAAUGACUUUCGUUACGACAAGAUUCUUUGCAAUUACUAUUCUGAAGGUUCUUGAGUUUCCAUCCACAUUAUAUUUGGAGAUUAUUUAAAUUAUGUUUUUUCUGCCAUGUUUGAGAAAGAGAUUUUGAUCCAAAUUCCCUUUCAACAUUCCAUGACUUUCUUUGAGGAAUUUAUUCCUGAUCAGGACUAAAUUCAUUUCUUUGUAUUUUUGUAUUUACUACAUAAUACAGUUCUGUCAUACUUUUUUUAAUCACUUUUGCAAGAAAAGAAGAAAGGCAAUCUGAACUAUCAUUCUCUUUGCAACCAAAACCUUGAGGCCCAGCUGGUUAUAGUUUCUGUAGGGAUCCGAUGAUACUGCGUGAUGCAAAGAUUUCUGGCUGACAGACCAACAAAAACCUCAAGGACAUAUAACAUAUAAAGUAGAGGCAUUUGCCUUCUCAAGGACCCUGUAUAAAAUUACAUCAUUGUGACAUGCGAGAUUCUCAAGAUUAUCUUAUUUUAGAUGGAGCUUAUCCUUUUUAUAUUUUAAUUUCACCUCCUUCAUCAGGUUAGGUAAGAGUAAGUUAAAAGAGCUCACCUUUUCAUCUUGUACAUCUGUCUCUGCAAUAAUUUUUGUGGCUUGACUAGAUAAGAAAGCCCUAACUGAAUGCAUUUGUCCAUAUUCAAGCUUCUUACAUUUAGUUUUGAUAUACAGCUGAUGAACUAAAAAGAUGGAUGCUUUGUUGAAGCAUGGAGGGUGGUCUUUGGAGCUGAUUUAUUGACUACAGCCUUCAAAAAAUAUCUUUAAAAAACCCUGCUCGUCAAUUGAUGCUCAUCAUAUUGAAACUUCUUAAAUCAAACUUGUAUUGUGCAAAAACUUGUCUAAAUUCCCACUACAGACAAGAAAUUCUUCCUUUGAGAAUGUUAAAGAGGUCAUCUGGUGACCAAAGAGUCUUGUAAGUGUCAUCAUUCAUUUUACAAAUAAUGUUGCCAUUCUUUGUGGACACACUCUUUACAGUGUUCGCCUUCUUUGCUGCCAUGAGGAUGGAGUACCUGACUGUUGUAAGGUACUCGUUUAUAAAGACACCUUUACGGGCAUCUUUCCCUUUUAAUUUAAAUCUGCUGUCACACAGUUUGUUUCUUUUCUUCAUUGUCGUGAACCUCAUGAUAACUUGGCUUGGUCUGCCUUGGCUUAUGGUUGGGAAUCCCAGGCGAUGACAGGUAGAGAUAUCGCCUUCUAAAAUCUUGACACCUGCUGUAUCUGCCACCAUGACCAUCUUUCUUGUAGCCAAACGGCACGCGCUUACACUCAAACCAAAUGGGAUUCUAAAAGCAGUCUUAUGCUUAAAUGCCUCAUCCAUAAUAACUUGGUAAUACCCAUAGGCACCCUUCAAAGAUUCUAAAAAUUCUUUGAUUCUAGGUAAUGAGAAUGAAUCACGAAUGGUUUUAGAAUGCAGCUUGCAGUAGUCUAUACACAUUCGUAAUGAACCAUCCUUCCUUUUAACCAACACUAUUGGACUAGCAGAGGGCUAAUACUUAUCUGCAUCUUUAUCCUUAUUAUCAAUAGGAGUGUCUAUAAAAAAAUUUAAGAUGUUAACACCAAUGAUUACAGGUGUUGUUGCCAUUCCCCGUUUGAAAUCUUGUUUUACGAAGAAAGAAAGAUGAGAAAAUGUCCUUAGAAACUUCAAAAUCUUGUAAAGGAAUUUGUACAUUACCAACAAUUGGAAGUUCAGUUCCAUUUAUGUCUACAAUUUGUAAAUUCAUGAGUAUCUAAAUGGAGUAACAUGGAUCUUGUGAGCAAGAAAUCUGUUAAAGUAUACUUCACUAAUUAAUGAAGUCUCUGUACCAGUCUCUAAAAGACACGAGGUUGGGGUUUCAAAUAAAUCAAUCAAUACCUUUGGGCUUUUACCAACCAAAUUUUCCCAAAUAUCCACGCCCUGAAUGCCAAGUAAAGCCUGGGCCGUAGCCUGGAUAUUCUCAUCUUUCCUCACCUGACCUACAACAGUGGGGGAGGUAGCCGUUUCCCAGGCCUUUGCCUCCCAUUCAUUAAAAAAACUGCCUAUAGCCCAGACAAUCUAUGGAAAUAUGUCCUGCCUCCUGACACUUAUAGCAAAUUAUAGAUGGACAUGUUCGUGUUGAAUGACUAGUUUCUUUACAAUUUCCACAAACCUUAGUUUUAUUAGUUUAAACUAAUAUGUCUACGGUAUUCUGAAUCUUAUCAAGUGUAGAGAGCAGCAUGGAAUCAGUGGCUGGCUAAUUGUGAGAACACUUGCUCGAGUCUGUGCCUCUAAAACAUAUCAAACCUCUAUUUCCUGGACUGCUCAUCUAGAGCUCAAGGAAUCUAAUUCCCUUAGUAACUGAUGAGCCUCUUCCAUUUCUUCAAAUGUGUCUACUGUGUGAGAGAGUUGUAAACAUUUAAUUUCUAAUCUUACUGACACACACCGCGCACCAGCUACGAACUGGAAAAUGAGAGCCUCUUCUGUAAGUCCCCACAGAGAGGAAGUUUGAGUUGCAUUCCUAACUUUAUUGCCGUAUACAGGAAAAUGAUGUAAAUCGUGAAACUGAUAUGAUCAAGUCAAGAAAUCUUAAGUAUUUUUUGGUCACGUCGGGAUCACCAGUUUGAUAACAUGGCGCAUAAGUGCACCCUAAUUCAAAAAUUUUAUACCAACUCCAAAAGCAUGCAUUAACUUGCUGCAAUUUUGUAGCCAUUUUUGCAUCCGGUUUGUAUCUGUUUUGGAGCCAUUUAUCGUCUUAGACUUCUCUAAAAAGAGAGAAAAAAGCGGGUGGCUGAAGAGGAUUUGCUCACUCCGCUUGCCUGUCCCUGGAAUGACUACUUCCAUCAUGCCUGUUUUAUUUGUUGACCUGUGAAUAACCAGCACCCUUUUGGAUUGUAGGAUUUGAUAGUUUUUGUCUAUCAAAUUAUUAUAGUGCAUACACCAUUCCUCUAGAGAAAACUCAUGUCAUGCCAUCGUCUUGAAAUCAGAUCCGAUUUCAAAACCUGUUUUAUUUGUUGACCUGUGAAUAACCAGCACCCUUUUGGAUUGUAGGAUUUGAUAGUUUUUGUCUAUCAAAUUAUUAUAGUGCAUACACCAUUCCUCUAGAGAAAACUCAUGUCGUAACAUCGCUUUGAAAUCAGAUCCGAAGGUAAUACAAAAAAUUAGUACACAACUCAACUGGUCUAUCGUUUGGUCUAGCAAGUGAAUCGAUCAGUGAAAAAAGUCAGAUGUGUAACACCCUGGUAAUGCUAUUGUACCAAGGAACAAGGAAUACUAUUUCCUCGAGACUCUAUCCUGGAAUAUUAAAUCCAAGUGAAAGAACAUGAUGCCAAAACACGAGAUAUGCUUAAUAACUGUAUGAAACCGCCAUCAUAAAACAAUAUCAGAUAUAUGCCAGAGGAUACCUUCAUAACAAGAUAUUUAUAUUUCUGCUUAUCCAUAUAUCGACCAAUAAGUCCAACUGCCUAUGCAACUCUUUUUAGGCUAAAUAUAAACAAAUAACAUAAUGUAUUAGUAUACAUGCAGGAGAAAUGCCAGUAGGAAACGAAAGGUAAAGGAAAGAGAAGUAUAGAGAAUAAAAUGAUUGAUGUAAUCAACAAUGAGAAUUCUUUGUCCAUCUCCUUGUUAUCACAAUACGAGUCAGUGCUGCUUAAAUAUUAAAUAUUGGAGGCGGAUUUGCAUUUUUUUUUUAAUAAUGUUAUCAUACCACUGCAAUCCUUUGGUAAUUAUCAAUCAAGUUAAGUCAGGAAGGUAUAUUAGAAACGUGAACUGGUUUGAUGUUUCUGGAUUUCAUCACAGUAGCCAU